GACUUCUCAUAGCCGCGGUUGUUCUCUGGGCUGCCGUCGGGGUGGGAAGCCGGCCGGUGACCUCACCCCUCGACGAUGCAAAGAGGAACUCGAUGAAGUGCAAAGACAUCAGGGUCUGCUCAGGGAGCUGCAGAGGCUGACCGACGACGAGACGGAGCGAGGUGACGGGAAGGAGCGGUACGAGGACAACCCGGCCGACGACGAGAGCGACUUCAAGCGAGGGGACGAGGAGGCGAAGGAGGAGAGAGACGUGAACGCCACCCCGAAGGAGACGGGGGAGGUCGACGCCGAGAGGAAGGUAAUGGAGGAGCCACGCAUCGAAGACAGAGGGCGGGACAACGAGGAGGAGCAAGCCAAGGAGCUGGAGGAGCUGCUGGCCGAGGAGAUCACCAAGAAGGGGACGGAGGAGAGGAACGACGAGGAGCUCAAAGAACUGCUGAAGGAGCUGAAGAAGAAGCGCGACGAGGCCGUGAAGGAGAGGGAGGCCCAGAAGGGCUCCGAGCAGAAGGAAGAGGAGGAGGAGGAGGAGAAGGAAAAGGAGGACAACGGGAAGGAGGGAGAUCCGGCAGGGGAGGAGGAGGAGAAGCAGAGGAUCGAGGAGAGGAGGAAGAGCGAGGUGGAGCUGAUGGUGGAGAGGGAGAAGGUGGAGAAGGAGCUGAAGGAGCUGCUCACGGAGCAGGAGAGCAAGAGCAAGCUGGAGCAGGAGAGGGAGCGGCAGGAGAAGCAGGAGGAGCUGGACGAACUGGUCAGGAAGAUGAAGCGGGUGAAGGAGGAGCAGGAGACGCAAGGCGGGGAGAAGGAGGACGGCUCGGAUCAGAGGGCGGCGGAGGAGGAGGAGGAGGAGGAGAAGGAGUGGGGCCGGGGCGAUAAGGGGCCCGGUAAGAAAACAGAGAACGAGGUCGAGAAGAAGAGGAAGAAGGGGGAGGAGGAGGAGAAGGAGGAGGUGCCGGCCGAGGUGAAGGAGCCGCAGCAGAAGAGAGUGAUGGAGAAGGCGAGCGACGAAGCCACGCAGCAGUUUGAGCGCCAGCGGGAGAAGGAUGACGAAGACGAGGAUGACGAGGGCGAUUACGUCAGGGAGGACGGCGAGGGGCAGGAGGAGGACGACGACGAGGAGGGCGACGCCGGAGAAGACGAAGGGGAGGAGCUGCUGGAGAUUGAAGCAGAGUUGCGUAAAGUCGCUGCAGAGCUGAGGGAGCUUCACCGAGGAUAAGACUCACACUCACACACACACACACACACACACACACACACACACACACACACACACACACACACACACACACACACCUUUCACCCAUUCACAGUCACACAUUUCCCAUUUCACAGCCUUCAGAUCCCCGAAAAAUGUCUUCGGACGUGAAUCUGUAAACGGCCAAUAGUAGAAACUGUACAUACUUGUUUGAUUUUGUGCGUUCGUAUGACCUGGAGAAAGUCGUCACCCUUUCCUCGCGUCCGAGGAAAAAGAGACGCAUUAUCCGCCCCCCCCCCCCAAAAAAAGCUCCUUGCGUCCAUCUCCGCUCGUGUCCCCGUCUCAGUCCCUGUCGAUGCUGUUGUCAUGGCCGUCAGGUGGUUUGUAAAGACGCCAUCGAUGCAAAGCCUCCAGCACCUUUUAGUCAAAGGUUACUUUUUGACCGCAGAUUGCCACCAUCAUCAUCAUCUUCAUCAUCUCUGAGAUGUGAGGGUGCACGGGCAAGCGGCGCUUCUUUCCUCUGAAGGAAUCAUCCUCCAUGGAGAAAAAACUAGAUUCCCUUCAAUAAGUAAUAUGCGUUCGUCAAUAUAUGCGUAUAUAUUUAUAUAUGUUGUGCAAUAACUGCGUGUUCCCGCUGUUCCGACUGUUAACGAUGGGUAGGACGGAUAUAUUUCUACAUGGGUGUAAAUCGUGAUUCCUUUAGUGUGUUUCAUUUGGCUCUCGCACUGUUAAACCCAGACUGUUUGUGACGACCCAGGGGGACGCUGACCUCAGGUCAGACGUUAAGUCCGUCUUGGGCCACGGGAUGCAAUGAACUUAGAGCUUACGAGGUCUAAAAGUGUCACUCCGGGUUCUCAGCCAGCUUUGCACUCUUUAUCUUAACAAGCCAAGGAAGGAGGAGACGAGGAAAGAGGGAGUCACUAAAGCCAUUUUCUUGUCUUUUGGUAACAGCCACGCCGACUAUAGCGUUGGUAAAUGCUCAGUGGUGUCGUGUCGUUCAUGUAAAUAUCAAGAUAUCAAGGUCUGUAAGCCAAGGUCAUAGAACAUUCAUGAAGCAGCAGCGCCCCCAUGAGGACACAGGGUGUAAAUGCAGGACGUACAGGGUUAAAACCGUUGGGGAGGCCCACUUUACUGCAAUAACACAAUAUAUAUAUAUAUACAUACAGACCACAGCACAUGCGAAUGCAAUAAUUAGCCAAAUGAUGAAUUAUAUGUAUUUUAAUAUGUUAUCAAAAUGCAUCGUAGAAUACUCGUAAUAGCGGAUAUAUGUAAUCUCUCUUUUUUCUACACCAGCCAAGAUUUAACAAAAACACACGUCUGUAUCUGAACACCGGCUCGGUCAACUUGUGUAAACACUGAUGAACUCAUUACGUCUAUUCCAAAGAGGGGGUGGUUGGGGGGAGGGGGGAGGGGGGGAGAAAACAUAAUGUAUUGUUGUUUUCAUUCUUUUUUUGUAUUAGUGCAAAAACAAUUUUCCACAAAAUGUAUCUUACAAGCCAGCAAGAAAGAAUGAUGGAGGACAUGUCUCUGGGGGGGGGGGGGGGGGGUUGAUGACGAGUGAAAACAAGAUUAAAGGAAAAACACCAUUUGUAAUAUUACUGUGCCUGCUGUAUCUCCUCCUACGCUUCAAUCAAUAAACAGAAAGUGUAUUAAAACAUU